CUCCAGCACCCACUCUGAACCUGGGCCUGAAACAAUGUCCUCCACCGAAAGAAACGUAAAGGACACUUGAUCACACAAGCCUUGGAAUUAUUUCCAGGAAAUACUUGCAGAAACCAUUCAGAACACCUUCCCUGGCAGUGCACAGGGAGACGGCCAGGAGAUGAGCUCGGCUUUGAAUUACAAAUCUUUUUCCAAAGAGCAGCAGACCAUGGAUAACUUGGAGAAGCAACUUAUCUGUCCCAUCUGCUUAGAGAUGUUCACGAAACCCGUGGUCAUUCUCCCCUGUCAGCAUAACCUGUGUAGGAAAUGUGCCAGUGAUAUUUUCCAGGCCUCUAACCCGUAUUUACCCACAAGAGGAGGCACCACCAUGGCAUCGGGGGGCCGAUUCCGCUGCCCAUCCUGUAGACAUGAAGUGGUUUUGGACAGACAUGGGAUAUAUGGACUUCAGAGGAACCUGCUGGUGGAAAAUAUCAUUGACAUCUACAAGCAGGAGUCCACCAGACCAGAAAAGAAGUCCGACCAGCCCAUGUGUGAGGAGCACGAAGAGGAACGCAUCAACAUCUACUGUUUGAACUGUGAAGUGCCUACCUGCUCUCUGUGCAAGGUUUUUGGGGCACACAAGGAUUGCCAGGUGGCUCCCCUAACUCACGUGUUCCAGAGACAGAAGUCUGAGCUCAGUGAUGGCAUUGCUGUCCUCGUGGGAAGCAACGACCGAGUCCAAGGAGUGAUCAGCCAGCUGGAGGACACCUGUAAAACUGUUGAGGAAUGCUGCAGAAAACAGAAACAGGAACUUUGUGAGAAGUUUGAUCACCUGUACGGCGUCCUGGAGGAGAGGAAGAAUGAAAUGACCCAGGUCAUCACCCGAACCCAGGAGGAGAACCUAGAGCACGUCCGUGCUCUCAUCAAGAAGCAUUCUGAUCAUCUGGAGAAUGUAUCAAAGUUGGUUGAGUCAGGAAUUCAGGUCAUGGAUGAGCCAGAAAUGGCAGUGUUUCUGCAGAAUGCCAAAACCCUGUUACAAAAAAUUUCUGAAGCAUCAAAAACAUAUCAGUUGGAGAAAAUAGAACAUGGUUAUGAGAAUAUGAACCACUUCACAGUCAACCUCAAUAGAGAAGAAGAAAUAAUACGCAGAAUUGAUUUUUACAGAGAAGAGGAAGAAGAGGAAGAAGAAGAAGAAGGAGAAGCAGAAGCAGAAGAAGGAAGAGGAGGAGGAGGGGCAGAAGGAGAAGUGGGGGGAGAAGUAGUAGAAGUGGAAGAUGUAGAAAAUGUUCGAACAGAGUCAUCAGGAGAAGAUGAAAGUCUGGAGAAAGCCUCAGAACCUGCUCAGCUGGCCCCUGAGCUCCGGCCUGCCCUGGGGCCACCUCUGCCUUCCUCUUCAGAGCCACCUCCAGUUGCUGCAGAUGCCCCAGUGACACAGGGGGAGGUUGUCCCCACUGGCUCUCAGCAGACCACAGAGUCUGAAACUCCAGUCCCUGCAGCAACGGACACUGCGGAUCCUUUGUUUUACCCUAGUUGGUAUAAAGGCCAAACCCGGAAAGCCACCGCCAGCCCACCUUUCACCUCAGGGAGCGAAGGUCUGGGGCGCGUAGGGCCUCCAGGUUCUGAGAAUUCCAGUGUGCAGAAGGCAGAAGUGGCAGAAGCUGCAGCCAGUGAGAGGGCGGCAGUGAGUGGUAAGGAAACUAGUUCACCUGCAGCUACUUCUCAGGCCCAGAGAUGUAGUUCUCCCCAACUGUGAGGCUUAGCCAUCUAAAAAGAACCAUUUUCCUAGACAAUGCUUGUGGCCUCAAGCUCCCUACAAGGCAACCACUUCCUUGAGGCACUUUCCUGAGAAUUGCUCCUUUGUGUCAUCCUGCAUGAAGGGGAACCCUGACUCAGAACAGUGACUCAGUGGGCAAUUAUUCAGUAAUCUGAUAGGAAUGAACUUUCCAGUGUGGCCAGUAGGGGAAGAUAAUUUCAAAAGGUAUCCAUAAUGCUGUGAGGAUUCACUGAUCUUAAAGGAAGGACCCAGAGUCAUUCAGCAAUAUGUAGGGUUUCUAGAUUAAGUAGCAGUAUUUCAUCUGCUUACACUGGAGGUGCCCAGGAGGUGGCCAGAUGACUCCUGAUAAGGAUAUGUGGGCAGUUCUUACGCUGGUGAGCAGGUGGGGAUAGGUGUGUUCUCGGUUCUCUUUAAACUCUCAGACUCUACAGUAUCUCUCGUAGGAGAGGAGGGCCUUAGAGAAAGAUGCCCUGGGUGUGGUGACACUACGGGGACUUCAGCCAGGUGAGAGCUGAAUGUUAAAGAGCCAGGAAGUCAGUGUUCAUCUACCAGCCAUAAAGAAUUAGAGCCAUAAAAAAGUCAAGAAGCCAACAAAAGGCAUAUUAUUUUUGAGACACCUUUCUCAUAGUUGAGCCUUUUCUUGAUUACUAUUAUGAGGUUUGCUUAGGAACUGAUACUUAUUCCUUAACAGUCAGUUGAAUAGGAUCAGUUUAAUUAAUAAUGUUUAAAGAUUCAAACCCCAUGUACUUUUGAGUCAAUGACCCUCUUGGACCUGAGACCCACUUCCCUGUGCCUGAAGCUCAGAAGUAAUGCAAGGUGACUGGUGCUGAAUGGCCUCAGCUCUCUAGCUCAGUGCAUUUUCUCUGGGUUGAUAUUGUCUCUGCUAUGUCAUGGAAGCUCCCACCGUAGUUCCUGUCUGCUUCAUUGGUUGUCUGCACAGCAGUGACAGUAGCGUCUCCAUGGAUCCCUGUUAUGUCUCUAACUACAUGUAAGUAGGACCUGCUCCCAGUGGCUAACAGUCAGCCAGAAACCUGCAUAGCCUAGAAUCUUCUGAGUGUCCUUAUAAUCUGCUCAGGUGCAUACCCUUCCUCUUGUCGUUAUUUGUGGUGAAGAGCAGUGGGUGAAAGUAUUGGCUAUGGACUUAGUGGAUCAAAUGGGGAAAGGGAAAACUCCAUGCUUUAAUGGGAUAUCCUGAUAACUGUGGAUCUGAAAAAUUGAAGAGUUUAGCUUACAUGCUGAGAAUUCAGGUUUUGGGCCUUGUUGCCAUAUAUCCUUGUAAUGCUUCCCUGAGGAUGGUUGCACAGGGAGAGUCAUGCUUCUUGUCUGCUGUCCACUGAGCCCAUGUCAUGUACACUGACAUUCAUGUGCCUCUCUGGUGAGAUGAGGGCUUGGUAGGUGGGGCUGGAGUGGGGUAGGGUGAAUUGACAUUCGGUAUUUCAAGGAAUCUUGCUUUGUAGUUGUUGUUUGAGAAAGGGCCUUUCACUUAAAGAAGGAAAUCUAUUCACAAGGGAGUACCUCUCCAUGAUCCCUGUCUCAUAUGGACAGGUCAUGGAGACUUCACAGCAGUAUCAAAUCCUGGCCUCAGUGAAUUUUUUGCAGGCCUGAUUGACCUUCAUCACCUCAGAACCCCGCAAUGGAGUUCCAAUGCACGGUUACCUUGUUGGAAUUUCACAGUUCAACAUGUAUUUCCCUGGACAUUUAAUAUACGGUACAAAAGUUCUCCUAGAUUCCCUGACCUUACCUCUCUUUACUGUAUGAGGUUGCCUAGAGUCUCAGAAGCCUCUCAGGCUCACUUGUUAAUCUGUAACCUUACAACAGUCUGCGUCGGCGAAACUGCAACCCUUUUAAGAAGGCAAAUGUUCUGCUUCUAGGUGCUUUCCUCACGGCCAUUCACACAGUGAAAUACGCCCUUGCUUUUGCUGCCUGUGACCUCUGAUGCCUACAAUCUCUCCAUCAUGUACCUUCUCUCUUCACCUAAUCGUACAGGCGGAUUGUGUGUUAGAAACUGUUAGGGCAAAAACCAGACAUCAGUCCUCUCCCCGUGGUGAAUGGAGAUUCUGCUUUUUUAGAUCAGAGGAGCACUGUUGCCUGUCCCAUUCUCAUUCUCAAACCAAACGUUAUUUCUUAACAAGGUUUGGAUUCAGUCUUAGGGCAAAUUUGAAUCUCAUAGAAAAUAGAUUCUUCCACAGGAAAAACAAUUCUGAGUCACACCUAGAAACCCCUAGAAAACCCCAUGAAAAAGGUCACACCAUGCAAGCCCUUAAAUGUGAAUCAGUCUUUGGUUGCAAAAUCAACCUCAAGUUUUCACCCUUCUAGACCAUACCUGCUGUAUGCUCAGUAGUGUGAAGUGAGUCUGGUGGAAACAUUUUAUCUACUUCAUGCGUUAGUUUUAAAUUUUAUUUUGAAUAAUUAUACCAUGCCUUGGUCAACCUCAAAAUACAGAUCUAUAGAUAUAGAUAUAGAUAUAUAGAGACAAACAGAUAUUUGCAGAAGUGGGAACUGCAACAAUGGAAGCCCCUCCCUAUUCCCCUUCUUCCUUUCCAGUGAAGCUUAGUGGCCUUGUGGGGAAGAAUUUGUCCAAACCAUUUAAUCAGAGCAGUUCAAGGAACAGAGAUUUCCAGAAAAAUGUCUCCCUAUUUGGUGGAUUUACUUGGCAGCUGCUCUGGCUAACACUUGAGCUGGCCGGGCCAUGGCAGCUGCCUCCAGGUCAGGGGAGCCCCAACCCCCCAACCCACCCCAAUGAGAGCCAGUUGCCCAGGGGACACAGAUUUUGACGUUAAAAUCUCUGCAGUUGCCACUUCUUUAAAGAAACACAGCUCAUAUAUUUCACCUGAUUAUGAAGUUGUAGUUGUAAGAGACCCUAAAAUCUUUACCAUAUCAGUUAUUUGUUUCAAGAAUAGAAUAUCUAUUUUUCACAUUCCAUUCUUUAAGCCUGAAAAUAGACAAGCUGGGUAGAAUUUCUUCUAAGGUCCAUGGCACUGGAUAAUUCAAUGAAAUUAAGAAAAUGGACUUAAGUUCCAAUCUUGCCACUUCUGCACAUGAUUUUGAGCAUUUAAUUUCUUUGGGCCUCAGUUUUCUCACUGGGAAAAUGAAGCAACUACUUACUGAAAAGUUUCAUCUAGUUAUACAACAUUAGAAAGUGAAAAAGCCUAGUACUAAAAAUCUUAUAAAUUGUUUCCAGAUGUUUUCUUUGGGAAGGUUAUGUAUUUAGGCCUGACACCAGUCAUUAUGAGUGACACUACUAACAAGAUGCUCGGAGAAAUAGCCCAUUGCAUUUCUUAAAAUAUAUGUCUUGUCUUGAAGCUCAGACAUAAAUCCCCAUUUCUCAAACUGUUUUCCAAAUGUCUUCCUAGGUACCCAUUUAACUGAAUGUUUACACGUCUGCUAUUGCCCCUUUAGAUGCCAUAAACUCCAUAAAAUUCAUGAUGGUUCAACUCUGAAGUCCUCCCAAAGGUAUUUAAAGAUCUCAUUGUCCAGGGGAGCAAAGCCUUAAAUUAGAGGCAGUCACAGAAUAUUAGAUGAAUGAAGAGAUGAAAGAUAUGUGAUUUUAAAAUUUUACCUAUUUUAAGUGUACAGUUCAAGAAGUUUAGGCAAAUAUAUAGUAUUGUAUCGCCAUUGUCACAAUUAGGAUAUAGACUAUUUCUAUCACUCCAAGAAGCUCCUGUGUGUGCUUUUGCAGUUAAUCUUCUCCCUGCAUCCCAGCAACUGUUUUGCUUGUCAUUAUAGUUUGGCCAGUUCUAGAAGGUCGUAUAAAUGAAAACACAGUAUGUAGACUUUUGUGAUUGGUUUAUUUCACUUAGCACAAUAUUUUUAAGAAUCAUCCAUUUUCUUGCAUGUAUCAGUAGCUCAUUUCUUUUGUUUCUGAGUAGUAUUCUACUGUACAGAUAAAUCAUAAUUUAUCUAUUCAUCACUUGAUGUGUGGUUGUGUUCUUAGCCAUUUGGCUGUUAUAAAUAAAGUUGCUAUGAACAGUUAUCUAUAGGCCUUUGUGUGAAUGUAUGUUUUCAUUUCUCUUGAGUAAAUACCUAGGAGAGUGAAAUUGCUAGAUUGCAUGGUAAAUUCAUGGUUAACUUCAUAAGAAACUGUCAAACUUUUCCACAGUGGCUAUUCAAUGUUUUGUUUCCACUAGCAAUGUAAGAAAGUUCUCCUUACUCCACCUUCUAACCAGUACUUAGUAUUGUGUCAAUCUUUUGUAUUUUAUCCAUUCUAAUGGGUAUGUAUAAUAUCUAGUUUUAAUUUGAAUUUUCCAGAUGACUAAUGAUGUUUUGCAUCUUUGCAUAUGCCUCUUAGUUAUUUUUUGUUUUUGAUGAAGUACCUGUUCAUAUAUUUUGCCCACUUUUUGUUGGGUUAUCUUCUAAGAGAGUUACAAAAGCUCUUUAUGUAUUGUGGUAAUACAUUAUCAGACUCCUUAUUACACCUGUUUUGCAAAUAUUUUCUCCCAGUCAGUGGCUUGACUUUUCAUUUUCCUAACAAUAUAUGUUGAAGAAC